UUUUUUUUUUAAAUUUUUUUUUUACUAUUUUGCCAUUUCUUUUUAUUUUGGAUUUUCCUUUUCUGGGUUUGGUUUGUUUGUUUUAAAUUGUUUCUUGAAUGCCUUGUUUCGGUUACAUUUUUUUUUUCUUUUAAGGAAAAAAAUGAUAUUUUUGUUGGUUUGUGUUAAUAUUUUGAGGGGAAACUCGAUGAAUUGAUGAAGCUUACUUGUCUUUUCCUGAGCAUUCGCAUUGGAAAUAUCGCUUUAUUAUCAUUAUUUCCUGCUGUUAUUUAUUAUUACGAUUAUCUAUUUAUUAUUAUUACUAUUAUUAUUAUCAUAAUAAUAAUAAUAAUAUUGCAAUUAAUGUAUGUUUUAUAAUUCUUAUAUUUUCAGUGUUAAUCUGUGCUCUAUCUCAACAUUUGGGAUUAGAUUAUGUGUUGUGAUCUUGUGAAUGGAAAAUCUGGGUAUUUUCUUUGCCUUGUAAAUGUGGGUUUCUUCCUCGUUCCUGUGAUAUAGCUUGUUCUACUGCACUUUUGCAAAAGUUGGUUGUGCAGUCUCAGUUUUCAGUCAACAUCUUUAAGUCUUCAUUGGGUUCAGGAUUCAAUUAUGGCCAGUGACACUGUUGUGAGCCUUCCUAAUGGCAAUGCCAAUAUACAGCCUGAUCCACAGAGGACGUACCAAGUUGUUGUGGCUGCAACUCGAGAUAUGGGUAUUGGUAAGGAUGGGAAACUACCCUGGAGAUUGCCUUCUGACAUGAAAAUUUUCAAGGACAUUACUAUGACUGUAGCAGAUACUGUGAAAAAGAAUGCAGUUAUAAUGGGUAGAAAAACAUGGGAAAGUAUUCCUCUUGAGCAUCGGCCUCUGCCUGGCCGCCUAAAUGUUGUUCUGACUCGUUCUGGAAGUUUUGAUAUUGCAACUGCAGAGAAUGUUGUAAUAUGUGGAAGCAUGGCUUCUGCUUUGGAACUAUUAGCUGCAUCUCCCUAUUGUCUGUCCAUUGAAAAAGUGUUUGUUAUAGGAGGUGGCCAGAUACUAAGGGAAGCUCUCAAUGCACCUGGAUGUGAUGCUAUCCACAUUACAGAAAUUGAGACAAGCUUCGAAUGUGACACUUUCAUCCCUGCUAUUGAUUCCUUGGUAUUUCAGCCUUGGUACUCAUCCUUCCCAUUGGUGGAAAACAAUAUUCGUUAUUCUUUCAUGACUUAUGUUCGUGUGAGAAGUUCUGCAGACGAAUCCCAAAUCCAGAACAAUGGUGACAGUGGGUUGGAAUCCAUUAAAUUUGAAGUAAAGAAGUUCUCUUUCUUGCCCAAGAUGAUCUUUGAGAGGCAUGAGGAAUACAUCUAUCUGAGAUUGGUUGAAGACAUCAUCUCAAAUGGUGUUCAAAGGGAUGAUAGGACAGGGACUGGUACUUUAUCAAAGUUUGGUUGCCAGAUGCGGUUUAAUCUACGAAAAACUUUUCCGCUUCUUACAACUAAGAAAGUAUUUUGGCGAGGGGUUGUUGAAGAACUGCUGUGGUUCAUCAGUGGCUCAACAAAUGCUAAGGUCCUACAGGAAAAGGGAAUUCAUAUAUGGGAUGGCAAUGCAUCCAGGGACUACCUUGAUAGUAUUGGCUUGGCAGACAGGGAAGAGGGUGACUUGGGACCCAUAUAUGGGUUCCAGUGGAGGCACUUUGGUGCUAGCUAUAUUGACAUGCAUGCUGACUAUACUGGCCAAGGAUUUGAUCAGUUGUUAGAUGUUAUUAACAAGAUCAAGAAUAAUCCGAAUGAUCGACGGAUUAUCCUCUCAGCUUGGAAUCCUUCUGAUCUCAAAUUGAUGGCACUUCCACCCUGCCAUAUGUUUGCACAGUUCUAUGUAAGCCAUGGGGAGUUAUCAUGCCAAAUGUACCAGCGAUCUGCUGACAUGGGUCUUGGUGUGCCGUUUAACAUUGCAUCUUAUGCGCUCUUAACAUGCAUGAUCGCUCAUGUUUGUGACCUUGUUCCUGGUGAUUUCAUCCAUGUUAUUGGGGACUCUCAUGUUUAUCUGACUCAUAUCAGGCCUCUGCAGGAGCAGCUUCAGAAGCUUCCUAAACCUUUUCCAAUUUUGAAGAUCAAUCCACAGAAGAAGAACAUUGAUUCUUUUGUGGCAGCUGAUUUCCAACUCAUAGGUUAUGAUCCUCAUCAGAAAAUAGAGAUGAAAAUGGCGGUAUAGAGCUCCAAUCCAUUAAAGGAAACAUGGAGACUCUUCCUCCCCUUUCAGGCAAUAUAUGCUUGUAGUUUUGAGGCACGGCUAAUGGAAGUUAAUGUUGAUAGUUAUAUACAAAUAAAAAAUUCCUAGAGUUGGAUACACUUGAAGCUCUACAUAUGUAGUAACUGAGAAUCCUUUAGUUCCUCUUACAAAAUGUUGGUUCUAAGGUGAUUUAGGAUAUAUAUUUAUUUUCACUUUUUGGAAUCUGUGUUGUUUUGUCUGUUAUAAUUGCUGUUUUCAGUUGCUACAAAUACCUUUCGAGCACUGUUGAGAAACAAAUGGGAACCUGAGAUGACCCAAUUUUUCA